GUGCAUCCCAGCUGUCAUCCAGUAUCGGGGAUGCGCUUGGUGGCAUUAAUGGAGAAUGGGAAAAAAUUGAAAGAAAAUGGUGAAAACAGAAAGUUGCGUACUGUGUCAUGCAAGCAAAUCGAAAUGGUUUUUGGAUAUCUUCUGCGAGGAGAGCCAAUCGAUGGAUAUGGCCAGGAUCAUAUCGAAACAUCUAUGGUUCGACCUGAAACCAUCGGCCCAGUGUUAUGUUUGCGCCGAAUGUUGGAAAAAUGUUCACGAUUUUCAUCUGUUCUACUGCAAACUAGAGAAAAUACACUUUGAGACCAAUGAGCUAGACUCAAAGACGGUGGAAGUAGAGGUUCAACCUGAUUUUGAAUUUCAUACGAUUGAUGAAAUAAAAGAGGAACCUCCUGAUGAGUAUGAACCUAAUCUGGAUAAAGGAGAUACCACGGAAAACUCAGAGAGGAUAAAAAAGACAGUGACAACAAACGAAGACAAAAAUGAACCAUCAUCAUCUCUCUCGAUUCGACCGAAAAGAAGCGCUUCCACACCUACCACAAAGUACAAAGUGGAAGUGUCCGAUUCCGAUCCGGAAGAUGCAGACGAUUUUAUGGCAAAUGAUGAUUUCGAGUGCGAUGAUGCUGACGACGACGACUUUCUAGCGAAGAUCGAAGAAAAGAAACCUAAAGAUUUAAGCGCAGAAAAGCCGAAGACUGGAAAACGACGCGGAAGACCUCCCAAAAAUGCAUUACCCAAGAAGGAAAACGUCUCGGACGGGGAAGAAAUGGAUAAGACAAUGUCAGACAAAGGCGAAACUUCCAAAAUGUCUGAUAAAAAAGGGCGUAAGAAACGAGGACGUAAGCGUUUUACCAGAGGUUCCAGUGAAGAGAGUUCUGAUUCAGACAGUGGCUCUGAUCUUGAAGUGACAGACAGACGCAAACUGGGAGGGCGCCGUGCCAAGGAUGAACGUCUAUUCAAAUACAUUCAGGAAUUCGUUUGCUAUCUUUGCCCGGAUCGAGUCGAGUUUGAUCGAUUCCAUCAUGCCAAUAUGCACUACAAAGAACUACAUGGCGAGCCUGCCUAUUUGAAGUGCUCAAAGUGUGACAAGAAAUGUUUCACACCGGGCGGAUUUAUUAACCAUAUGGAAACUCAUGAUGAUCCAGAUAAGAACAAGUGUAAAAUUUGUGGUAAAGUAACCGACCAGAUGAUAACCCUUAAAAAGCACAUGCGAGCCCACCGCAUACAGAUGGAGGAAUCAUUACCUUUCGCGUGCGAGCUAUGCCCGCGAAAGUUUGAAACCGAAAAAGCUAGGAACAAACAUGAGCGAUUGCAUGGGCGAAAGAAGAUCGUAGUCCGAAGAGACAGAGGCCGAGACGAGGAAUUACUUGCUUUCUACAAGAAAAUCUCGUGCGAUAUUUGCGAAACGGAGAACAAUGAAGAACGGCUAUUUGAAAACUUUUCCGAUUUGAAGUAUCACAUAGUUGGCGAUCACAACAAGACACCCUAUCUCAAGUGUCCCAUAUGCUCCAAGAAGAAUGUGUGCCGACAGCAGCUUAUUGUGCACAUAGAUGUUCACGAGAACCCGGAUAGAUAUAGGUGCGACAUAUGUGGCGAGGUCAAUCAAUUCCUCGACAGACAUAAGCUCAAAGUUCACGGUAAUCGCGAAGAGGUGAGCACCGAGAAGACCUUCGGUUGUGAACAUUGCGGAAAAAUGUUCCGCUGUGAAAUUAAUCUGAAGAACCACAUAGACCGCGUUCAUGGUUUGAAGGAUGUUAUGUGUGAGAUUUGCAAUAAACCAUUCAGUAAAUUGGCGAUUAGUUCUCAUAAACGGUCAGCGCAUACCGACGAGCAGUUCAUGUGCGAACAAUGUCCAAAAAUGUUCAAAACUCGUAGUGGGCUGGAAUCGCAUAAAGGUGAACAUGACGCUGACUUACGCAAACCGGUCAAGUGCGAAUUGUGCGGUAAGGAGAUGCGACGCGGUGCCAGUUUGGCCAAACACAUGAAAGUGAUCCACACCGUGAGUGAUCCGGUGAACUGCGACAUGUGUGGCAAGCAAUUCCGUACUAAGUUCCACAUGUUGCGUCACAGGGCCAACACGUGCGCGGCCACCAUCAACUCCAGACCUUUCAAGUGCGAAAUUUGCGGGAAGGGCUUCUCCAUGCGGCUCACUAUGACCGAACACAUGACAACCCACACGAGGACAAGCUUGUAUCAAUGUGCGUUCUGCUUCAAAACAUUCGGAUACAUAUCUAAUCUGUACAAGCAUCGUAAGAAGGCACAUCCAGAGGAAUGGCAGGAGGUGCAAGCGAGACCCGAUCAAGGUAUAGCUACUUUUAUUGAGAUGAGAAAUUGAUCUUUUACUUAGAAUUAAGAGCAAAACUGCAUAACAUUGUGGAAAUGUUUAACGAUUUUAUCAUCAAUUGAAUGGUAUAUUUAUCCAAACUAUGCUACCCUUUUCAACAUAUUCGAAAACAGAGGAUUCAGGCAAAAUUUUAUUCAAUUUCGUUUGCAAGCAUGCUCAGUACUAACAAAAAUGCAUAAAUAAAAAAAAACUUGUUUAUGUUUUUGAAUAAUUAAAAUGGGUGCAUUUGCUGGAAAGUAUGAAUGGUAACUUUAUUUAAACAUACAUAAUUUUUCUUCAUUUUACUUGUAGGAAUAAAUAUGAUAAUCUACUCUAAAA